AUGGCUGCUGAACAUGAAGACCAAGUUUACAUGGCAAAGAUUGCCGAACAAGCAGAACGCUACGAUGAAAUGGUGUCAUAUAUGAAGGAUGUUGCCAAGUUGGGCGUUGAUUUAACAGUUGAAGAACGUAAUCUUUUAUCUGUCGCGUACAAAAACGUGAUCGGUGCUCGUCGUGCAUCCUGGAGAAUUGUAUCAUCGAUUGAACAAAAGGAAGAAAGCAAGGGCCAUGAAGCCCAAGUUGUCAAGAUCAAAGAAUACAGAAACAAGAUUGAAAACGAGCUCUAUGAUGUUUGUAAUGAUAUCCUAAGUCUUUUAACUGAUCACUUGAUUCCCUCCGCACAAGAUGGUGAAGCCAAGGUCUUUUAUUACAAGAUGAAGGGUGAUUAUCACCGUUAUGUCGCUGAAUACGCUACUGGUGAUGCUCGUAAAGAAGCAGCUACUGCAGCUCAUGAUGCCUACAAGGCCGCUACUGAUGUGGCUCAGGCCGAGCUUCCCACUACUCAUCCUAUUCGUCUCGGUCUUGCUUUGAACUUCUCUGUAUUCUACUAUGAGAUUUUGAAUUCACCUGAUCGUGCUUGUCAUUUGGCCAAACAAGCUUUCGAUGAUGCCAUUGCUGAACUCGACACCUUGAGCGAAGAAUCUUACAAGGACUCAACUUUGAUCAUGCAAUUGUUGAGAGAUAAUUUAACUUUGUGGACCUCAGAUCUUCAAGAAGCAGAAGCUGAUAAGGCCGAAGAGCCAAAACCUACAACUGAAGCCUAA